AUGACCAAUUGUCCCCAAGAAGGAAUUACUGAACUUAUCAAAACAACAAAUAACAACAACAAUUCACUACCUCCCCAAGAAUUUCCGAUUAACUCAAUGCCCGAAUAUUUAUAUCAUCAAUCAUUCCACCAAUUUAUACCCCAAUGUUCUCAAUUAACAUCCACAAAUCCCCAAACCCUCUCAAAUCCACCAAACUACCAAAAUUAUCAACAAAACCUACAAGAACAUCAACUAGGACAGAAUCAACUAAUUCAUUCAAAUUCAGGGAUUUUACCUUCAUUUAACCAAGAAUUACCCAAUUCUAGUCAACUAACCCUUCCAAUCUCGUCAACCAAUUUUUUUAAUUCUCAAAAUCCACCCAAAUCUUCUAGUCAAAAUUUAAAUGAAGGUUGUUUACCCAUUCAAAGAUUAUCUCCAAAUAAUCAACAUCCUCAACAAUCUUCCCUAGCUCCAUCUCAUAAUCUACAAAUUUCUCAACAGCAAAGUUCUCAACAAUUUAACAAUUCAACGGGUAAUAACCACCAAAUAUCCAAUACUUUUUCAACAAAUUUUCCUUUUUGGUUGGAUUAUCAAAACCCCAACAACCAAAUAUCUGAUAACUCUACUAAUAUAUCUACAGAUUAUUACCCCCCUCCAUUUACUUCAAUAGCGGCGGCUUUUGAUUAUAAUAACAAUGCCGGAAUGAUGGGAAUGUUACCUUCAAUGUAUCCACAAAAUUUUCAAAUUCUAGACGAACAACAAUCUUCACAGUAUUUCUCUGUAGGGGGUCUUUACGAUUCUUUGGCUGCCGCAGCAGCUAUCGCUGCAGGACAAAUAGGGGAUCCUUCCCAAAUUACUAAUUUUUGUUGGCCAACAUUCGAUUAUUAUGGAGGAGGACAAAAUUCCUCAUCAACAAUUAAUUGGGCACAUUGGGGAUACCCAACAAUUGAUAGCAACAAUGUUGGAGAAUUAAUUCCACAACAAAAUCAUUCUGCUGUUGAAUCUGGGGGAGCUUUAUCUAUUUUUGAUUCUAUUGCUCCAAUAAUUGAAGGAAGUACAGAAAUUAAAAGUCAAAUAAAUUCUAAUAAUAAUCAAAAAGAAUGGCAGAAAACAUCGGCAAUUUUAGCAGCUACUACCUCUACUACUUCAACUAAUAAUAAUCGUCAAUUAACCUCAAAAUUUGUGUCUAAAAGGGGGAGGGGAAGAGGCCCUGCAACUUCUUUAACCUCAACCGCAUCUAAUGGUAAAAGCCCUCAACAUCAAAGAAUGGAAAGUAGCCAAUCAAGGCAUUGCAAUAAUGCCUCAUCCAUAAAUGCCAAUGAAUGUGGUGGAGGUUUAGAGAAUGUAAAUGAACAGCAAAAGCUCCAAACAAUUUCUCCUAUACUUUUAAACUUCCCACCUAUACAACAAAUGACUAGCGCAGCUAUGCGCGAUUAUUUGGCCAAUCCUGGACGUUAUGAAUGUGCAAUGUGGAUCUUCCAUGCAAAAGUUGCCCAAAAAAGUUAUGGAAAUGAGAAAAGGUUAGAAAAGUUUUUUUAA